AUGAAUACUCCGUGGACUCCACCAAAGACAAAACAAACGGCUUCGAUCAUUAAUCAGUUGACUCCUGGAGAAGAUUCAGCUUACGAGCUUUACGUAAAAGCUAUGAACGAAAUCGGAUCAGACUCUACCGAAGUCACUAAACUUGUUUCGAUGAUCGAGCGGGGCCAAUCUUACGAAAACGCGCUAAACUCUCAUCAAUCCGUUUUCGGCGAUACGAUCCCAGAAGCAAUCUACGAUCAGCUCCGCGAGACCUUGCGAAUCGCCGAGAAGGGAAGCACUCAUGAAGCGAUGGCAGCACUUCUCUACAGCGAAGAAGAAGGGCUGACGAUUCUCUUCCAGGACUUCCUCGACAACAAAAUUUUUUCAAACGGAAAAAAAUCAAACUCGCUUCAUAUUUAUCUCCAGAAAUACAUGCAUCUUGAUCAAGAAAACUACCGUCAACAUGCUGUUGCUGCCGUUAGCGAAAUUUGCGGCAAGGACGAGAAAAAGUGGAGUGAAGCGACAGCUGCGGCGAAAAGCGCGAUUGAGAUGAAAAUUCACUUUUAUGGCGAGAUUUUGGAAAAUCUGCCAAAGGUCGAGAAAUGGCAGCAACAAGGCGCGGAUAACCCUGCAAUGAAAAGGAUGCAAAUGGUCCAGUUCUGGAAUAUGUUCGCGAAUCCAAAUAUGUUCGAUGAGUAG